AAUUAGUUGUAUUGAGUGCGCGGUGGCAACAGGAGUGAUCGCACAGUUUCCCAUCGUAUAUCGUUUACGCAUUGUUUGCGGAGAAACAUUAUUUAGAACCGGAGUCGUUUGAUAUCAUAUAUGAAGAUCAUUUGUGCGAAACAAUGAAAUUCACCGAAAGAAGAACAUACGUUUCGGUAUUGCUUUUGGUGCAGUUUGGACUGACGAUUGUGAAUGCCCAACAGCCGUGUACAUCGUUUGAUGGAAAAGCCGGCAGCUGUAUGCUCUUGCGUUCCUGUAAUAGUCUUUAUACGCUGAUCAGAAAAACACCGUUACUACCGGAGGAUCGUUCUGUACUGAGCCGAAGCCAAUGCGGGUGGUCCACGGCUGAGAACCAUCCGCUGGUCUGCUGUACGGAUUCUUCCGAUAGGCCUAGUAACAGAUCACUUUUGCCUGCACAAGGUGUGUGUGGUAUACAAACGGCCGAUCGUAUCGUAGGUGGUGUAGACGCAAGGAUUGACGAAUUCCCUUGGUUAGCGUUGCUGAAGUAUGCCAAGCCGAAUAACGUUUUCGGCUUCCAUUGUGGCGGCGUUCUGAUCAAUGAUCGUUACGUGCUGACUGCCUCACAUUGUGUAAACGGAAGAGACAUUCCGACCACUUGGAAUCUAGCUGAAGUUCGCUUGGGAGAAUGGGACACGUCGACCACGGUGGAUUGUGAAGGUCUUGGUGUUGACGCAGACUGUUCACCGGAUCCAAUAGACAUACCCAUUGAACGCAAAAUACCUCAUCCGAGUUACAAUCCUCAGUCACGCGAACAGUACAAUGAUAUCGCGCUGCUACGUCUAGAGCAGCCUGUAGCAUACACAGACUUCAUCAAACCGAUUUGUUUGCCGAAUACGGCGGAACUGAGGACGAAGAGUACUGUUGGACUUAAGUUACACGUCGCUGGGUGGGGUAGGACGGCAACCGAGCGGUUCAGUAACGUCAAACAAAAGGUCAGAGUGGACGGUGUGGAUUUGACGUCGUGCAACGAAGUGUACAAAGAGGAGAGAGUUACGCUGUUGGACGGGCAGCUGUGUGCAGGUGGGGAAACUGGGAAGGACUCUUGCCAGGGUGACUCUGGUGGGCCAUUGAUGGGUAAUGCAGUGAAUCAAAACAUACAAUAUUGGUACCUGGUAGGAUUAGUUUCCUUUGGACCAACACCGUGUGGGCAGCAGGGGUGGCCAGGUGUAUACACCAGUGUGGCCAAGUACACGGAUUGGAUUGAAUCGAAUCUACUAGAGUAGGACAUAUUAUAAUUGUAUAACAUUUCCAGACAGGAUAUUUGGUGUAACGAAAUUGGUGCGAACAAAAGAAAGACGAUCUAUUUGUGUGAAAGACACAAAUGUAUUUUUUGAAUAUUAAAAAAAUCUGAAUGAUCAGAUCGAACAAUCAUCAUUUUGUGUUUUUCCACCGAUGUAUCCAGACGUACUUGUAAAAUGUUGGUUGGAAAAAAAUCCGUUCAAAACGUGUACGGUGUGUAACAAGAGUAAUAAAAAGUAAGGGUGUGGAUUUUUUUUAGUUA